AUGGCGUUUGAGAAACUCGUCGUCGCCUACUGCCGGGGCCACUUAGUCGGUUGGCUCGCGUUCGUCUUUAUAACAGACGUGCGCAACAAAGUCAAGUUCUUGCAGUUCUUGAACGAGCGAACGGCCACGAACCCGAAGAAGGGUCCGGUCCACUACCGGGCACCGUCUCGUAUGCUCUGGCGUAUGAUCCGUGGCAUGCUGCCCCACAAGACGGCCCGUGGUGCUGCUGCUCUGCAACGUGUGAAGGUACGAAAACUAUCGAGCACGGCUAACAUACUCUUCGAGACGAGGUGUGCGCGACGCUUUUGA